GUUCUUGUUCUUUUGGGUGAUCGAAGUCAAGGGAGGAUUAGAAGCACGAAUACUCUUUCAGUUAGCGGAAACCACCGCAUGAUGGGAAUCGCCGGAAGUCUAACUCCAGACCAGCUCGAGCUUUUCUACUCUCAAGGGUUUUUGGUGAUCGAAUAUUUUGCGAGCGAGGAUGAGAUUGAAGGCUUGAGGAAGAGGAUGGGCGAGUUGCUGGCUCAGUUUGAUCCUUCAGACUCCUCCUCUGUUUUCUCCACUACUAAUCAGCAACAUACGAAGGAUAAUUACUUCUUUGACAGCGCUGCAAAAAUCUCCUUCUUCUUUGAAGAAAAAGCUUUUGGAGACGAUGGGAAAUUGAAGCAACCAAAAGAGCUUUCUAUAAACAAAGUUGGACAUGCACUGCACGAGCUUGACCCAUUGUAUAAAGAAUUCACAUAUUCCUCCAAGGUCUCAAGUUUGGUAUCGUCCUUAGGUUACAGGAGACCAGUCGUCAUGCAAUCUAUGUACAUUUUCAAGCAACCUGGAAUUGGAGGAGAAGUUGUGCCGCACCAAGAUAAUUCUUAUGUGUACACGGAUCCACCUAGUUGUACUGGUCUCUGGAUGGCUCUAGAAGAUUCCACAACUCUUAACGGUUGUCUUUGGGCAAUACCUGGAUCUCACAAGAACGGUCUGGUUAGAAGGUUUGUCCGGGGUGAAAAUGGUGUAACUUAUGAUCGGCCAUCCCCUUCUUACGAGCAGAAAGACUUUGUACCUAUUGAAAUGAAAGCAGGCUCAAUGAUUGCCAUUCAUGGUGAUCUAAUCCAUCAAAGUUUUGAGAAUCUAUCCCCCAAGUCAAGACAUGCAUAUAGCUUACAUGUAGUAGAAUCUGAUGGAUGCAAAUGGGCACAAGACAACUGGAUUCAAAGAGAAAACAUGCCUGAGCCUCUCUAUGUCCCUUAAAUACAAGCCAGUCGCCUUUAUCAAAUUCCUUUCUCCAGUGAUCUACCCAUGAGCAUGUGUUAGUACUCUGAACAAUAAUAAUAACAUGGCUAAAUGGGCCCUUCUUGUGUCAUUUGCUUGUUGAAAUACAAUUUGUUUCUGUUUGGUCUCUGUAGUUAUGUCUACAGAUUAUAUGUGGUCAAUAAAGUGUGGUAGUGAUUACUUGAUGUUUCUGUGAUUAUAGCUCUGAAUUUAUAGUAAUUAGACACUGAAGAAAGUCAUGGGAACUAGCUAGAACCUAGAACUCAUAAACAGUUGGAG